CCCAGUGCCCAGGCCUGUGUUGCGGCUUUUCCAGCUCACCAUGGUUGGGGCAAUGGGAACGCCAAUUGUACUUGUGUUGUUGAGCCUGUGCUGGUCUCUGGCCACUGCCAGCCCUCUUCCUCCGACUAGUGUACAUGGAAAUGUCACUGAAGGUGAGAGUGGGACCAAGACAGACCAAGAUGUGAUCGAACACUGUUCAGAUAGCUGGAGCUUUGAUGCCACCACCUUGGAUGACAAUGGGACCAUGCUGUUUUUUAAAGGGGAAUUCGUAUGGAAGGGUCACAAAUGGACCAAGCAGUUAAUCUCAGAGAGAUGGAAGGAUUCCACCAGCUCCGUGGAUGCAGCGUUCCGCCGUGGCCAUGACAGUGUCUUCCUGAUCAAGGGGGACAAAGUCUGGGUGUACCCACCUGAAAAGAAGGAGAAAGGAUAUCCAACGCUGCUCCAAGAGGAAUUCCCUGGAAUCCCAUCCCCCCUGGAUGCAGCUGUGGAAUGUCACCGUGGAGAAUGCAAGGAGGAAGGCAUUCUCUUCUUCCAAGGUAACCAGAAGUGGUUCUGGGACCUGGCAACGGGAACCAAAAAAGAGCGUAUGUGGCCUGAUGUUGGGAACUGCACCUCUGCCCUGCGGUGGCUUGGCCGCUACUACUGCUUCCAGGGUAACCAGUUCCUGCGCUUCAACCCUAUCACGGGAGAGGUGCCUGCUGGGUACCCAAAGGAUGCCCGUGACUACUUCAUGCCCUGCCCUGGCAGAGGCCAUAGGAAUAGAACUGUCCAUUGGAACAGCACCCACCAUCAACUUGAGAAAUCACGCUGUAGACCAGAUCUAGUCCUGUCUGCACUGGUGUCUGACAACCACGGUGCCACCUAUGCCUUCAGUGGAUCCCACUACUGGCGUCUGGACACCAGCCGGGAUGGGUGGCAUAGCUGGCCUGUCGCUCAUCUGUGGCCCCAGGGCCCUUCAACAGUGGAUGCUGCCUUUUCCUGGGAGGAUAAACUCUACCUGGUGCAGGGCACCCAGGUAUAUGUCUUCCUGACCAAGGCAGGCUACACCCUCGUGAGUGGUUAUCCAAAGCGUCUGGAGAAGGAGCUCGGGGGUCCUCACGGGAUCAGCCUGACAACAGUAGAUGCGGCCUUUACUUGUCCAGGGUCUUCUCAUCUCUAUGUCAUGGCAGGUCGGCGGCUGUGGUGGUUGGACCUGAAGUUGGGGGCUCAAGCCACAUGGACAGAGCUUCCCUGGCCCCAUGAGAGCAUCGAUGGGGCCCUGUGUGUGGAAAAGUCCUUAGGCCUCAACUCCUGUUCUGCCAGUGGUCCGAGCUUGUACCUCAUCCAGGGACCCCGUGCGUACUGUUACAAUGAUGUGGAGAAGCUGAGUGCGGCCAAGAGCCUCCCACAGCCUCAGAGGACGGCCAGCCUCCUGGGCUGCAGCCACUGAAGAGCUGCUGGGGGACUCCGGCCCCUUCCCUCCCCCUCCACUUGCUCCAAAUAAAGCCAGGUUGCUUCUUCGUUUGACUAACAAAC